GGGGCAGAGUGGGGAGGCAGCCUGCCUUUGCCUGAAUGAUCUCAUCUCUUCAGCAGCUGCAUAGCGCAGCGAGGCACAGCAGAACUUUCUAUCAAACUUCUAAGUUGCCUUUCAGAGACGACACGGGAACGGUUUCGAUUUCGGUGGAGUUUGGACGUUUCACGAGAAGGAUAUAACGAUGACAGGUCAUGAGCAACACAGAAGACACAGUACACAAAGUUGAAGGCAGAAGAUGUGAGCCUUCCAGUCUGAUUCAGACAAUCAACCUGCUCAUGACAUCAGGGAGGACCAUGUUCACCUGGAGGCAGCCAUGUCUUUCUGAGUGCCUUUAGCUUUGGCACAGGACUGAUGACCAGCCUAAAGCUCCCACCGAUGGAGCGUACUGUUGGGGGCUCGGUCCCUGCCACUGAUGAGUUUUAUACACGUCAUCUUCGUGUGGUAAAUGGGGCUGCUGUGCCCUCUCGUGGAGACAGUACUCACACCACUUCGAGCCCAGGAGUACCAAAAAUGGGUGUACGGGCCCGGGUAGCUGACUGGCCACCUCGGAAGGAAGUCACAGCACCAAUGUGGCACUCUAACCCAGAUUCAGAGAACUCCGGUGUCUCAAUAAAAAGUCAUAUUAAGUUAGGCCACAUAAUGAGUCCUCAAGACUCGUCAAUGCUGCGUAACAUUCAUAACACUUUAAAAAAUAGAACUCAGACCCAGGGAAACAACUACAGCCCAGAUACCCGUUACCUGGCCCCAGGAGAGCACCGUGGUCCCACUCACAGGAACUCACGGCAGAGACGCAUUCACCAGCGCAGCAAUAGUGACAUGGCUAUAGGAGAGAUGGAGGGUAGUGGGGACAGUGGGGAUGAAUGGGGUCCAACAACAGCCAAACUGUCCCCUUUUCAUCGCAACUAUGGUAGCACCUCCUCUAUUGACCAACAUGGACUGUCUGGAGAAAGCUUCUUUGAAAUGCUCAAGGGCUAUCAAGAAGAUAAAAUGGACCAGCGAAGUCCUGCACCAGACAAACUGGAGGACAUAUUGAAUGUUGGGACUAAACAGGCCCUCAUAGAGCUCCAGGAAGAUGUUGCUGAUGGUUUGUAUUCCAAAUCUAAAGACAAGCCUGCCAAAAGACGCACAAAAUCUGAGACCGGGGGUGAGUCCAUAUUUCGUAAACUUCGGAAUGUGCGUGGUGAAUUGGACUCGCCCAGGGUUGGAUCAGAUGUAGAGGAAAGCCGGACAGAUGACUUGGGCCCACCACCUAAACCUUGGGUUUGUCAGAAAGGUUUUGCCCACUAUGAUGUUCAGAGCAUUCUGUUUGACCUAAAUGAGAUUACCCAGCUACGUCAGACUGCAGGCAAAAGAAAAAACACUACCACGGGGGCAUCAGCAGCUGCAGUGGCCUCGGCCACCUCCACCAUCUCCUCUACCCACAGCCUGCCUUACAGCUCCCCCAGUGGAAGCCAAGAAGAGCUCAACUCUAGAGACAGCCCUGGGCUGGACAUGGGGGAUGAACAAAGCAAUGAGAUGCUGCUGAGCUGUCCUUGCUUCAGAAAUGAAAUAGGCACAGAUGUAAAUGGACAUUGCAGGUUAGGAACAGAUGAACUUGUGUAUCAUGGACUGGUGAGCACUGGCGCAGCAACCAGUGCGGAGGGAAGCUUGUAUGAAUCUUCUGUGACACACUGCACAAACGCAGGAGUAGCAGUACUAGAGGGCCCAAAAGAGGGUCCCUGCACGCUCAGCGACAAGAGCAAACAAUACAUUGUGGAGCAUGUGGACUUGGGAGCGUACUAUUACAGGAAGUUCUUCAAUCUUAGGGAUCACUGGAACUACUUUGGUAUAGAUGAGACACUUGGGCCAGUAGCAGUGAGUUUACGGAGAGAGAAGCUGGAAGAGGACAAAGAACAUGGCCAGCAAUAUAACUACCGCCUCAUUUUCAGGACCAGUGAGCUGACAACUCUACGGGGAUCAAUCCUCGAAGAUGCAGUGCCUUCCACAUCUAAGCACGGCACUAGUAGGGGGCUGCCUAUCAAAGAUGUGCUGGAGUACCUUCUCCCUGAGCUGGACACGUCCUGCCUUAGACUGGCUCUCAACACUCCGAAAGUUACAGAGCAGCUAAUAAAACUAGAUGAACAAGGGCUGAGCUUUCAGGUGAAGGUGGGGGUGAUGUACUGCAGAGCGGGCCAGAGCACAGAGGAGGAGAUGUACAACAAUGAAACAGCUGGCCCUGCCCUGGAAGAGUUUCUCCAACUGUUGGGAGAGAAGGUCCGCCUGAAGGGCUUCACCAAGUACAGAGCUCAACUGGACACAAAAACGGAUUCCACGGGCACUCACUCCCUGUACACUGCCUACAAGGACUAUGAGAUCAUGUUCCAUGUAUCAACCCUGCUGCCUUACACCCCCAACAACAAGCAACAGCUGCUAAGGAAGCGCCACAUUGGGAAUGACAUUGUGACAAUCGUGUUUCAAGAGCCCGGUGCUCACCCUUUUACCCCCAAGGUCAUUCGCUCACACUUCCAACAUGUGUUCAUCAUUGUGCGUGUGCACAACCCCUGCUCAGAUAAUACAUGCUACAGUGUGGCGGUGACUCGUUCCCAAGACGUUCCAUGCUUUGGACCACCAAUCCCUAAGGGUGUGACAUUUCCCAAAUCCACAGUCUUCAGGGACUUCCUGCUGGCCAAAGUCAUUAACGCUGAAAACGCUGCCCACAAAUCGGAUAAAUUUGGUGCGAUGGCGACACGCACGCGACAAGAGUACUUAAGGGAUCUGGCAGAGCGUCACGUCACCACUACUCCUGUGGAGCCCACUGGGAAGUUCCCAUUUAUCUCUCUGGCACACAAGCGGCGGGAGAAGACUCGUCCAUACAGCGGUGCAGAGCUCAAGAGCCUGGGAGCCAUCACUUGGCAGGUUCAUGCUGAGGACCAAGUCGCAGGAGCUGAACGGGAAUGCCUUUUGGCUAUUUCUAAUGACUUCAUCAUCUUACUAGAUCAGGAGGCCAAAUCAGUAGUGUUCAACUGUGCCACACGGGAUGUUAUUGGAUGGUCGACAGGAAGCCCCGCCUCUCUGAAAAUCUACUAUGAACGUGGGGAAAGCGUGUCACUGCGCUCCAUUAAUAACAACACAGAAGACUUUGGAGAGGUGGUCAAAAGACUGGAGCUUCUGACCAAGGGCAGCCAAACUACUGAGAUGACAUUGCGUCGUAACGCACUGGGUCAGCUGGGUUUCCAUGUAAACUUCGAGGGCAUUGUUGCAGAGGUGGAGCCCUAUGGCUAUGCAUGGCAAGCGGGACUCAGACAAGGCAGUCGACUAGUGGAGAUCUGCAAAGUGGCAGUGGCCUCUCUGUCCCAUGAGCAGAUGAUUGACCUGCUGCGCACCUCUGUCACUGUCAAAGUGGUAAUUAUCCCUCCACAUGAGGAUUCCACGCCACGCAGAGGGUGCUCCGAAAUCUACCAUAUGCCACUAGUAGACUACAAGAACCACAAAGAGGGUAUGCCAUAUGAAUUAAAGUUUCCUUUCCGCCCUCCAAACAACAACAACAACACUAAGUGGCCUCGCACCACCUCCUCCAGCCCUCAGACCCGUACCUCUGGCUCAGGGGGCACGCUCAUCAAGGCUCCUCCUCCUGACUUCAGUAAUUCUGCUGCCAUGCCCCGCAGUGUUUCCAGUGAUGGCAGACCACUCAACCCCAAAAGAUAUUCUCCUGGGAAUGACAACUAUGCUCUGGCUUGCUCCAUUGUGAUGGGUCGCACAAUGCACAACACAAAUUCUCCUGCUAACAUAUCCCACAAUGACACCAUGAGUGCUAACCACUGGAGGCAAAAAACAGUACCAGAUGGGUUUAAUAACAACUGCCAGACUACUGCGUCUUCUCGACAAGCAGCAGGUGAAGUGAUCAAUGGGGUCAAAACAUGCUCUGGAGUUGCUUGGACACGACAGGGAGAAGUAGAGACUGGCCGGCUACUGGACAAAAACACUGGGGACCCUGUGAUUUCAAAGGGGCCCAUUUCCAAGCUACAGUCUGAGCAUGGAUGUCACAUGUCUCCCAACAAAAAUAUUAAGGAUGGUCCAUAUUCAUCCAGCCAGUCCAGCAGUAAUACACUGUCGAGUAAUGCCUCCAGCUCUGCCCACAGUGAUGAGAAGUGGUAUGAGGUGGGCUCACGCUCAGGGGUACGAGGAGAACUGGAACUCAACAGUUACCUCCAGGGAGCCUCCACUGACAGCGGCAUUGACGCCACCUCCUUCACAGCCACACAGAGCAGCACGGCCUCCUCUACUGGUGGCUUCAGGGCCAAGGAGAAGAUCCCCUGGCAGGACGAAGCAUCAAGUGGCCAGAGGAAUACUGACUCCUCCCCUCCUCCAGACUCUCUGCUCACUGUCGUAGGCAGUGAGACUCAGGCUAAGAGUCCUUCACCAUUUCCACUACAUCCUGAGACAUACAGCCUGAAUGACGCCUCCACCCUACCCAGCCAUAGUCCAUUAGGCCAAGUCAGCAGGUCCAUGUCCCCCCAGGAGGAGCCCACCUCUCCUACUUCCCAGUCUCCAGGAGCAAAGAGCUUCUACCCACGUCAGGGAGCAACAUCCAAGUAUCUGAUUGGUUGGAAGAAACCUGGAGGAACUGUCAACUCUGUGGACUUUGGCAACACUAGAAAACGACACCAAAGUGACGGGCCCUUGGGUGGUCAGCCACAGCUCAGGGCCAAUCUACGGGGAGCCCAGUCCCCACAAAGACAUGCUGCCAAGUCAAGUCUGGAAGAAGAUUUAAAGAAACUCAUCACAUUAGAUAGCCCCCCACCUAUGACAAGUGAGGAGCAGCCCCUAUUCCCAGGCCCCACCCCCGGCCGCCGCUCCAUUCAGAGGACAGUAUCAGAUGAGAGCAUUUACAGUGGGCAGAGAGAGGCAUCCUCCAAUGUGCAGAAGGACACUCCCACUGACCUUCUGUUCAGCUGCUCCACAAUGCCACGCUCACCCACUGCCCGAAACGGCAAGCGGCAGUCGCAUAAGUCAAUGGGAGACUUGUCAGCCCCUGACAGCAUGGAGUUUGAGCAGAACAAGAAAAAUCAGGUAGAGGAUCCUGUGCUUAUGCCCCUGCCUGAUACUGGGACAGAUGGUCCACUGGACUGGGCCCACCUAGUGGACGCUGCCAAGGCCUUUGAAGAACAGCGGCUGGUGUUCCUGGCAGCCCAAGAAGAGAGUGCCCUGGCAGAGAGUGUGGCCACCAGCAGCACGCCACAGCAGGCAGAGCCUCAGGCAGCUCCUCUCAGACUGCCACCCCCUGGCGAUAUUAAUGACAGUCCAGCUUGUCUUCUGGGUAAGGUGACCCAGCUGGAAUCUAUGGUGAGGAUGCUCCAGGAUGAUCUAAAAAAGGAGAAAGACGCAAAGGCAUCACUACAGAUGCAGGUCCAAAGCUUGCGUGAGGAUAACCAUCGUCUCCUAGAGGAAUCGUACAGUGCUUCAGCCAAGCUCAAAAAGUUCACUGAAUGGGUCUUCAACACCAUAGAUAUGAACUGACAGCACUGUGAGCCUGAUCAUUACUCAAGCUCUUCUGAAACCUCAGUGUUAACUACAUGGUCCAUCAGUGAUGUGGGACUUCAACAAUCUGUGCCAAUGCAAACUCUGCUGCCAUACAGUUUAUUCUACGUGACUUGAACAACAGUGUUUUGGUGCAUAAAGGGGAAUGACUAGACCUGGCAUGUCCUACCCUCCCAUCACUGAGUCAUGUACUGUCCUCCUUUAAAGUCCUACAUAACCUAAUUACAAGGUUACAAGCUAAGCUUCAUUUCAGAAACAAAUUAGAAUGGCUAUAAUUGAUGCAUGAGUUGGAAAACAUUAUCCAACAUUCCUUUGGGAAACACUUUCUAGGGAUUAACUGUGUCAAGAAAUAAUUUAAAUUCUUCAGUCAAAAGAGCACUGACUAUUUUUAUUACUACUCAAAUGAUAAAACUAUAUAUGAGAUGUCCAUAUACUGUGUGAUCACAGUGUGGCUGCACAGACAGACUCUUUAAAUAGCACACACUUUACACAAUGUAAAACCUAUAGCAUCUGUCUGUAUUUACUGUGUAAAGAUUGUACUAGCCUGUGAAAUUUCAGAGGGUUAUUGAAAAUGUACAGGACUACUGUUCAUAUGCUGAUGAUAGAAAAUAUAUUAUAUAAAAGCAAAGCAUUAAAGGUGCCACACAGAGUUCAAGAUGUGUAAAUACAUAACAUAUUUUCUCACCUCUGCCCUUUAUUUGUACGCAAAGAUAUUUGUGACAAAAUGGCCAAGAAAAGUGAUAUGAGUAUCUGCAUGUAGACAAAACCAAAAAUAUGGAUUAUUGAGCCAAGAACUGACAACAUGUAAAAUGCUACAUGGAACUAACCCGUAUUCAGUCCAUAGCAUGCUUUACAUCCGCAACUGGAUCCUACGUGGUUGCUGUUCAUUUGAAAUACAAGGUGAAAUGUAUGUAUGAGACUGCUACAGUGUGUCUGUAGUGUGUAAAAAGCCUCAUAGCUCAAUUUGACUGUAUUUAGUUUAUCGUUGCCACAAAUUUCGGUGAUGUUUUAUUUCUUAUUUGAGAUACUGUGCAAGUGUAUAUAAGCAGAGAUUUAAUAAUCACCAGAAUUUGCACCUUCAUUCUUUUUUGUAUGAUUAUUUUUGGAUGUAUUUUUAAUGCUUUGUAGCUGCGGUGGAAUGAGUGGAGUGAGAGGCUAAAGAAUAGAGGGAUAAAAUGGGACUAGACCAUGAGCUGGACUCGGAAAAUGAGUCUUGGAGCUAUACCUUUCCGUUGUUUCCAUUGAGCUGUGAUGUGUACAAAUGUUUAUAUCAAUUAAAGACAUUUUGUUGACUUA